AUGAUUGUCGAAGAUCUCCAAGACAAACAUCUUCCGAAUGUGCUGUCUCUGUUACCUGGCAUACUAAUAUGUGAUGUUUCAUCGAAGCAAGGAACUAAAACCACGGAGACAGUGCUACAAACCUCCAGAAGUAUUGAAAUAGCGACAACGACUCAUCUAAUUAUGCUGAUUCUAGUAAUCACAUUAACGUUAAUCGUGAUGCUGAUCGUCAUUUACAUGACGUGCGUACAUAAAAAGCCUUCGAGAAGUUCGAGAAAAAAGGGACGCUGUAAGAGUAAUGGUGGUGACAGUGAUCAGCACUUGAGAGCAGAAGAGAUUUUAGCAAAAGUACAUCAGUUUCGACGCGAGAAGGUACAGUUGGUCGAAAGGAUAGAAAAGGGUGAAUAUGGUGCUUACUGGAAAGCGAUCGUGACAGGAGCUGUUGGUGAUCCUUCUACGGAGAUGCAAGUAAUGGCCAAGGAAGCCGUGGAACAGUACGAUCAGCAAAUGCUACUGAAGGAGCUGACGUCUUACGUACGUGUGGGACAUCAUGUGAACGUGCUUAACUUGCUCGGCGUUGUAACGGAGCACAUGAAACAAGGAGAACUUUUUCUAAUAACAGAGUUCUGUCGGUUUGGUAAUUUGAAAGAUUUUCUAGUCCAAAAUCGUUACGCGUUUCGGGACGAUAGUAUCGAACAGUUGUUUGCUUACGAUUCUAGUAUCGCUACACUAAGUACGUUUGGUGUGAGCCAAUCCUUUACCAAACUGGAUCUUCUCGGCUGGACUUAUCAGAUUGCUUGCGGAUUACAAUACCUAGCAUCUCGUGCAUUUUUCUAUGGCAAUCUAUCCGCUCACGAUGUACUGCUCGGUGAUGGGAACAUAGUAAAGCUUGCAAACUUUGCAGUUCCUCGACGGUUAAAUUCGUCCACAAAACUAACCCAAAAAAAUGUCCAAUCACUAGAGCGAAUGGCUCCAGAAUGUCUCCAGGACGAAGGAAAGUUUACGGCUAGCUCUGAUGUCUGGUCGUACGGUGUACUGCUGUGGGAAUUAUUUUCAUUGGGUAGCGAUCCUUGCUGGGAUAUGGUAACGCACAGACGGUUGAUGGAUAGUUUUGAGAGUGGUAGUCGAUUGCCGAAACCGGAAUAUGCGGACGAUGAAGUGUACCAGAUAAUGAGGUGCUGCUGGCACCGGGAUCCCCUCGAGAGGCCAAGCUUUACGGAGCUUUGCUUCAAGCUUUUUUGUAUGAUUCCGAGCCAACAUUUAAGGCACUACGAAGAACUAAGAAACAUCUACUGCUGCAUAAAUGCAGUAGAUAGCGCAGUAUUAAAACAAGAUUAA